AUGCCUAAAUCUUCAAAGAAUAACCGAUCUAUUGAAUAUGAUCCAAAGAAAGUAAACGAAGUUAUUAAUAAAUACGUAUUGAUGCUGCGUCAACAGGAUAUGAAAUUUCCUAACGAACUACCUUUGGAAGAAUUAUUAAAACCGUGUAAAACUCCAUUAAACGAAUUCUUUCUUUAUCGCAAAGACAAGCUACGGUUGAUCAAAAGAGAUCAUCCGAAAGCUAAUUAUGAAGAAGUUUCCCAUUUCGCGUCUGAAAAGUGGAAAAUCGAAUCCAUUGAAACGAAAAAUUCUUUUACUAUGUUGUCAAAAAUCGGUAUUUUAAUAAAAAAUGAUAUUAUGAAAAGCGAGAAUUAUUCUACCAAUGAGGGGGGCUCUUCGUCUGUUGAAAAUGAACCUUGGAAAUUCUCGGCUAUUAUUCCACAAAUGGUGCUUUGCCCAACGAUAACGAAUGAAGAACAUACGCUUGAUCUAAAGUGGACGGGCAUAUCAUCCAUGAAUAAGGAUUUGACAUCUACGCAAUUAAAAUCUGAAAAAAUUAUGGAUAAAUUUUUAACUAAUUUCGAUACAUUUGAUUUUAACACCGAGGAUAAUCAAGGUACUAAUUUAUUAAAUUAUGAUCAAUUUAAUGAACUUAUAACAAAAAUUGAAUUAGUUGUACAAAAAAAGACAUUGGAACUUCACCAAAAAUGGUUGGAUUGCUGGUUGCACUUACCAUUAACAGAUAUUAAUACUGAAGGAAUUAAUGAUUUUGGUUUGUCAGAAGCACUCAAAGAUCUUGAUUUUAAAACAGAAUUCUUACAAUUUAUUAAUGAUAUAUAUGAAUUUGUCAAAUAUCGUAUUUGGUACAAUGUUAUUCACCAACAACAAGUAGAAGAUUUAGUGGAAUUUAGAGCUAAAAAGCGUCAGCAAGCUUUAAAUGAAACAACUUCUCUUUAUAAUCAAAAUUUUAAUGAAAGUGAUGUUAAUAAAGAUAAGGAUCUUGAAAGCAAACAUAUUAUUUGGGAAAUUAUUCGAAUGAAAAUAAUUAUUAUUAUAUGUAUUAGCGAUUUUUGUACGAUUACUGCGAUGUUUUAUGGUCAUUACAGUUGUGCUUGGAUUAUUAAAGUUUCAGAACCCAAGAUCCCAUUAUGGGUCUUGAUGAUUGCAGUUCAGUUCGUUGAUUUUUUAUUUUCUCUUUUUAUUUUAAUUGAAAUAGAAGAAGCCCACAUUGUUCGUGGAUUUACAAAAGUGAAUGAUUUAAAAUUGGUUUCUAUUCCAUACACUCACUCUUUAAUCGCCGUAAUUGGAUGGAGUAUAUUAUAUGGAUUAUGGUAUAGAUUUUCUGGUUAUGAUGGUGGAAAUCGUGCUGCGUUCUUGGUAGGAUUGGCUGUGCUUUCUCAUUGGUUUGAAGAUUUGUUGGUUCAUAAUGAAGAUUUAUUAUUAUUGACAAUUGAUGAUAAUGCGCCAAAAUAUGGAUUCAAAUUAUGGGAUUAUCCUGAAAUACAUCAUCCGCUUGAAUUACUAUUAUACUUUGGUUCGUUUUAUUAUUAUUUAGUAAAUACUGAAGUACAUCCAUCAAAAAUCUAUUCAUCUCAAACAAAACCCACCUUGAAUUUAACCAAUAAUACUUAUCCUUAUGCAAGAUUACAAAGUUAUUGGGUUAGCAAAUGGGGUUCAAUUAUAUUAUCCGUAGAUUCAUUAUUGACAAUUUCUGGUGGUUUUGUACCUCCUCCUGAAAAUUAUAUGGAUUUGAUCUGCACUUUUGAAAUUGUGAUUUCAAUUUUUUUAUUAUUUAUAAAUCCAUUAAUCAUUCAUUCUUAUAAAACAUUUUCGUAUAACGAAACUGAGCCAGGAUAUCAAAUUAAUCAGAUAUUAACGUAUCGGGAAGGAACUUCGGUGGUUUACCUGACAAAACCAAUUAAUAAAACCUGCAACGAACCGAGAAUCGAUCUUCGCGUCAUACAUCCAAACGGCACAGUUGAUGUUAUCGAAGUUAAUUAUCCAAUCCCAGACUUUAAUUUUUGUAUAAUACCAGAUGAUUCUUCUUUACAUAUUGCACUUUUUCCCUAUAUGCCCGAUUAUAUCUAUGUUCUAUACGAGAACUCUACCGAUAUAAGUUCUGCAAGUUAUUAUGUAUUACUAAUCACACGCACUGGAAAAAUCAUUAGUAAUUCAUUUCUUUCACGCGUUUCUGUUAUCAAUGGAGCAUUAAACAGUUCUGGAUAUAUCUUUCCACACCUUAACGAAAAUAACGGCUUUCUUUUCUUUGAUUAUUUACCUACUGUGAAAUGGAUUUAUUUUAGUAAACCUGACUCGGAUGGAAAUGUCCAACCAAUAAAUAAUGGUCAUAUUGAUCAAGAAUUAUCAGAUAUUUUUCCCGCAAUCGAUGGUAACUUUGGAAUAGUCCAUAAAAACAUUCCAAAUAAACCUGUUAACACCGAAAAAAAUAACGAGCCUCAUGAUCUAAUUGAUCCAACCAAACCAACAUUCGAGCUUUAUAUAACCUUCGUAGGACCAAAUAACAAUAUUGAUGGUCCAUAUUUACUAUAUCAAACCACAUUACCAAAUUUACAAGUUCAACCUAUAUGUAAUUCUGCUUAUGCAACUAAGGGUUAUUUUUGCAUUUUAAAUAUAAAAGAUGAACUUAAAAAUUAUUUGAUUAAAAUAUCAUUCCAAAAUACUGGUUCUAUUAUUGAUAUUGAAAAUUUUCCGGAUCUUGAAUUAUACAAAGGAUUAUCAGAAUACCCGAUAUUUGAUAAUUUAUAUAAUGGUGGCUUUAUCAUUAUUAUUUUCAACAGAUCGGAAGGUUCUAUUUACAAAACAAUUAUUCAAUCCAUAAUUCUUGAUAAUUAUGGAAACUAUAAUGGGACAUUGGACUUUCCAGAAAAUUUAAUAGUUUCUGCUUCAGGGGGGUUUCAAAACGGCACUUAUUUUGUUGUUCCUCAAGUAGAUAAACAUACUUGGAAGAUUUAUUCAAUAGAUUCGCCGAACGCCGAUAAUAAAACAAUAAUUUUAGAUGUUUUGGAAAGUACAUUUAAUCAACCAAAUGCAAAGUAUUACAUUGUAAUUAACGAUAAUGUUGUUAAAGAUUGGGAAACAAAGCAACCUUUAAUAGGUAUUGGAAGUAAUAUUUGGACGUUUAAUACUACCGAUAAUCAGGAUAUUUUUGCGGAGGAUGCAACUGGACGAUUUUCUUUAACAAUUGAAGGAACAAAAUAUUUCAAAAGCCUUUCAUCAUAUAAUCAAACAAUAUUUUUAUCCCAAUUAAGAAUAGAUUUAGCAAAUUCAAUACCUGUUAAUAUUAAUAGAUUAAAUGCUAUUAAAUAUGAAUAUGAUGAAAGUCAACAGUCUCCAAAAAUCCUUUUAACAUUGCCUAUCAAAUCAACAGCAAAUCCAAAUGAGAGAAAUGUCGAACGUAUCUUGAAAGAUUUAGAUCUUUUGAUUAAGUAUAAAGAAAUUACUCCUAUAUCCUGGUUUGGCACGACAAAUUUUAUAGAUUCGAAAUUUGGGUUUCAACAAACUAAAAUUUUCAUUGAUGAUGCUAAAUUUCCUUUAGUUGCAGCUUUCUUCACAAUAUUAGCAGGCGCUGAUCUUGAAGUAUUAAGUGUACUUUCUUCCGAAGUUGCUGGAAUAUUGGCAUUUAGUGCUCCUACUACAAAAAAAACACAAUCUUAUAUUUUUUGGGGAGGUUUAUUAGGAUUUUUAAUUGAAGAUAUUCCUCAAUUUAUAAUACAGUAUAAAGAAGGUUUCUUUUGUUUUAUCCCACCUUCUUCGCUAUGCAAAAGAGUUAUGAUGCGUAAAAAUGCUGUGAAACAAAAAUAUAGUGACUCCAAGUUCGUUCCAUACGUUACUCCAAAAGCUCCAAAGGAAGCUGUUAGUUCUGCACCAGCUCCUUCGUCUUCUUUAACCUCAACUUCUGUUCCCACCAACCUUGAUUUAGAAAUUGUUCAAGAAGUUUUUGGUUCUUUAUCAGAAAAAACAAUGGAGUUUAAAGUUUUUGACAUAUCCAAUAUUGCCACCCCUAAUAAUUUUCAACCAAGCUCUUCUUUAACUAAAGAUAGGUCAAAACUUUUAGAUCCUGACAAAUAUCUCGAAGAUGAUGAUAUGGAAGAAGAUCUAAAAGAUUUCACAGUUGUUACAAAAGCUACCUCCUUUGCAGUUGCUAGAGUUUCAGUUCAUCGCGUAAAUUUGACGCAUUCUGUAAUUGUUUAUUUUGUGACAUCAGACGCGGCUACCGCAGCCUUAUACGUGACUAUUCCUGAUCUCAAGAUCGACACAUUCUGUGACUUCUCCUAA